AUGGAGUGGUACCAACCAGGGGAUCUCAUCAUUGGUGGGAUCACUUCUCAGAUUGUUUACCAUUUUCAAGAAAUUCUCUUCGAGGAAUGUCCCUAUCAGGACUUGUCUCGGGAUCCAGCUAUAGUGACUAAGUUCUACCAACAUCUCGUGGCCUUGACGUUUGCUGUUAAGGAGAUCAACAAGAACCUGAAGAUCUUGCCAAAUGUCAGUCUCGGGUUCCACAUCUAUGACUCCUACAAUGAUGUUCGAAUGACCUAUCGUUCCUCUCUGGAUCUCCUCUAUACAUUGCAUAAAUAUUUUCCCAAUUAUAAAUGUGAUAUUCAGAAAAACUUAAUAGCUGUCAUUGGAGGACUUAGCUUGGAAGUUUCUUCCUACAUGGCAGGCCUCUUAGGUCUCUACAAGAUUCCACAGCUCACCUAUGGCUCAUUUGCCCCAAAAGUGAAGGAUCCAAGAGAUUUGCCUUCCUUUUUCUCCAUGGUCCCAAAUGAAGCUCAGCAGUAUACGGGGAUUAUCAAAUUGCUUCAGCAUUUUGGAUGGAGGUGGAUUGGGCUCUUUGCUGUGGAUGAUGACAGUGGAGAUCAUUUCUUGGAGGUGCUGAAACCAUUGUUUUCCAAGCACGGUAUCUGCUUGGCAUUCACAGAAAGACUCUUAAAUCAGGACCACUGGCAUAACUUGGAUGACAUAUUUGAUUUAAUUAACCGAGUAUAUCUCCCUUUCACUAACAGCAAGGCCAGGACAUAUGUGCUCUAUGGAGAAUCUUUUACCAUUAUGGCACUUAAUACUUUCCUGUUUUUGGCCAAUCCUGAUUACAAGGAAAAUAUUUCAUUUAGAAAGGUGUGGAUCAUGACAGCCCAAGUUGAUUUUGCAUUAUCAGGUCCUCAAAGAUCCUGGGAUUUCCAGUUCUACCACGGUACCAUUUCCUUCAUGAUUCACUCAAAUAUGCUUUCAGGAUUCCAUGCAUUUCUUCAGGAUAGAAAUCCUUACUCGACGCAAGGAGAUGGUUUUCUCAAGGAUUUCUGGGAACAAGCAUUUGACUGUACAUUUCCAAAUCCCCAGGGGGCAUUGCAAAUCAAUGAAAUGUGUACUGGUGAGGAAAGGCUGGAGAGUCUCCCCGGGCCUGUGUUUGAAACGUACAUGACUGGCCACAGCUACAGUAUCUAUAAUGCUGUCUAUGCUGUGGCCCAUGCUUUGCAUGUCAUGUGCUCAUCUAAACCCAACAGCAGACCACUUGUGGACUGCAAACGAGUUGCACUUCAAGAUCUUCAACCUUGGCAGAUCCAUCCAUUUCUUCAAGGCAUCUCAUUUAACAACUCGGCUGAAGAAACAGUGUUUUUUAAUGGUGAGAUGGAAAUGGGCACUGGAUUUGACAUUACCACCUUGAUCACAUUCCCAAAUAAGUCCUUCCUCAGGGUGAAAGUUGGAAGAGUGGAUCCAAGUGCACCUAAGGGAAAAGAAUUCGUCAUCAAUGAGGAGAUGAUGGUGUGGCAAACAAGUUUUAACCAGGUGGUGCCCCUUUCCUUGUGUAACGAUUACUGCGACCCUGGUUAUCAUAAGAAAAAGAAAGAAGGGAAGCCAUUUUGUUGCUAUGAUUGUGCUCCAUGCCCAGAAGGGAAGAUUUCAAACCAGAAGGAUGCGGAUGACUGUGUCAAAUGCCCAGGAGAUCGAUACCCAAGCAAGGACCGUAACCAAUGUAUUCCCAAGAUGCUGGGCUUUCUGUCUUAUGAACAACCUUUGGGGACUGGGUUAGCCUCCAUUGCACUUUCUUUGUCCCUAGUCACAGCCUUAGUGCUGGGAAUUUUCAUUCAGUACAAGGGUACCCCAAUUGUCAAAGCCAACAACAGGGAUAUCACAUACACUCUUCUCAUAUCUCUCCUGCUCUGCUUUCUCUGCACCUUCCUGUUUCUUGGACUACCUAGGAAAGUGACUUGCUUCUUAAGACAAGUGGCUUUUGGUAUCAUCUUCUCAGUGGCUGUUUCUUGUGUGUUGGCCAAAACCAUCACUGUGGUUGUAGCUUUCAUGGCCACCAAACCGGGGUCCAGCAUGAGGAAGUGGUUGGGGAAAAGACUGGCCAACUCUAUCCUUCUUUCCUGCUCCUUCAUUCAAGCGGGCAUUUGUAUGGUGUGGCUUGGAACCUCUCCCCCUUUCCCAGAUCUGGACCUGCUCUCUUUGACUGAAGAGAUCAUCCUAGAAUGUAAUGAAGGCUCUGUCGCUAUGUUUUAUGUUGUCCUGGGUUACUUGGGACUUCUCUCCCUCAUCAGCCUCAUUGUGGCUUUCUUUGCCAGGAAGUUGCCAGACAGUUUUAAUGAAGCCAAGUUCAUCACCUUCAGCAUGCUGAUUUUUUGUAGUGUUUGGUUGUCGUUUGUUCCAACCUACCUGAGCACCAAAGGGAAAUACAUGGUAGCUGUGGAGAUUUUCUCUAUCUUGACCUCCGGUGCUGGGUUGCUGGCUUGUAUCUUUUCCCCUAAAUGCUACAUUAUUCUGAUAAGGCCUGAGUUGAACAACAGGGGACUGCUCACCAGAAGAAAGAAUUAA